GUCGUUCUUCGUCUUUUCCUCCACCCUUAUUGUUCUUAUCUCUUCCGACGAUCACCCAAAGGAAAGGGAAGCGGCCGCGAUCGAUCCAGAGAAGGCUAUACGGAAUUUGACAGUGCAACGCUUCUUUGUUCUCGGAAUGGCCGUUUACGAAUCGUUCUGGUGCUUCGAACCCAUUGCUUUCCGGGGCGGAAGAUGAAUUUCGCUUUCGAGAUCCCUCCCGCUUUUGGGUGCCCCAUUUCGAUGCUUUCGCAAAACAGAGAAUUAUGAUGCUUUCGCAGGCCGCACUUGUCAUUGAUCAAGGCGUCUGCUAAACGAUACAACCUUGAGUUCUUUCUUUGAUUUGCUGUUGUUAUCGGGUUUUGUGGGGGAAGAGCUGGACUUUUGUGGGGAAAGGUUAUCCUUGAUUUGGAACUUUUCCAGAUGUUGGUCAAGAAAGUGUGGUAGCACAAGAGAGAUUUUGAACUUAAGAGCAGCCAUUGGCGGAAAAUUUCCCUAAUUUGCUGAAGUAGUUGGCUCUGGUUUGGGCCUUCAAUUUGUGUUCUUCUCCUGAGUUUUCCUUCUGCAUGCAUGCAUGCCUCGCAGCAUGAUUAAGCAAUUUUUGAGUCGGUUCCCUCGAAAGCAGUCCAAGUCGGGUGAUAAACGGGAUUCGCCUGCAGGAGCGAGUCCGCCAUCAUCAACUUCUUCAACCAGUUCAAAAGGUGGGGACUUGCCAAGCAGCAGGAUCACGAUUCUCCCUCCUGGUUCGGACCCUCGGUUAAAUCAUCUAACCUAUUAUGUUCCUGCUGUUAAGUCAAAGCAGAACGGCAGUUCAGUCCUCCCUGCCUAUGAAGCAUUGCCGAGCUUCAAGGAUGUCUCGAGCUCUGAGAGGCAGAUCUUAUUUAUCAAAAAGUUGAAUUUGUGUUGUGUUGUUUUUGACUUCAUAGACACAACGAAGAAUUUGAAAGAAGAGAGCAUAAAACGACAGACUCUACAAGAUCUUGCUGACUAUGUUACAUCAGCCAAUGCAAAGUUUCCAGAGAGUGUUAUCCAAGAGAUCAUCAAGAUGGUUUCCAUAAACUUGUUUAGGACCUUCAUUUCCCUGCCGAAUGAGUACAAGGCUUUGCAAGCUUUUGACUUGGAGGACGAUCAACCUGUAAUGGACCCUGCAUGGCCACACUUGCAUCUUGUUUAUGACUUCUUUUUAAGGUUCAUUCAAUCUCCUGAGACAGAUGCAAAGGUGGCAAAAAGAUAUAUUGAUCAUUCCUUUGUUCUUAAGCUGCUUGAUCUCUUUGAUUCAGAAGACAGUCGAGAGAGGGAAUAUCUAAAGACCAUUCUUCACCGUAUCUAUGGAAAAUUUAUGGUUCACCGGCCAUUUAUAAGGAAAUCCAUUAAUAACAUCUUCUAUCGGUUUAUCUUUGAAACAGAAAAGCACAAUGGGAUUGCAGAGUUAUUGGAGGUAUUGGGAAGUGUUAUUAAUGGGUUUGCAUUGCCUUUGAAGGAGGAACAUAAAUUGUUCCUUGUUCGGGCAUUAAUCCCACUUCAUAAGCCAAAAUGCAUGGGCAUGUACCAUCAGCAGUUAUUAUACUGCAUAACUCAAUUUAUUGACAAAGAUUGCAAACUUGCAGAUAUUGUCAUAAGGGGCUUGUUGAAAUUUUGGCCUGUUACUAAUAGUUCAAAGGAAGUAAUGUUUUUAGGAGAGUUGGAAGAGGUCUUGGAUGCAACUCAGCCUGCAGAGUUUCAGCGAUGUAUGGUGCCACUGUUCCAUCAGGUAGCCCGCUGCUUGAGUAGUUCUCAUUUUCAGGUGGCUGAGAGGUCAUUGUUCCUAUGGAAUAAUGAUCAUAUUGAAAACUUGAUCAAACAAAAUGACAAGGUGUUAUUACCCAUAAUCUUUCCUUUACUUGAAAGAAAUGCAAAGUGUCACUGGAAUCAGGCUGUUCAGAGCUUGACGUUAAAUGUUUGUGAGAUUUUCUCUGAUAACAACCAUGAGCUCUUUGCUGACUGCCUGAAGAAGUUCGAGGAAGAUGAAGUUAAAGGCAAGGAGAUCCAAUUAAAACGGGAAUCCACAUGGAAACGCCUUGAAGAACUUGCUACUACAAAAGCUGCAAGUAAUGAGCCUGUGCUUAUUCCAUGCAUCAUUCGCCAUCCAGUUUAAGCCUACUUGUUGGUCAAUGUACUUUUUUGUCUUAUGAGUUUAUUGGACGAUAUGGGGAAACAUCAAUGGGUAUAGAUCACACAAUGUAAUGCACCUGUAUUGUCUGAGUUGUUGGGUGUUUGGAGGAUUCAGGAAAAUUGUACAGUUUAAUCUGUAAAUGUUGUUUAUUAACAAUUUUCAAGGAACAACAAUGUCAAUGUCUAGAUUAUGAAAAUGUUGGAGCAUGUUACUGCUCUAUAAGCACA